AUGGGUUGUUUCAGACUUCCUAAGACUUUACUCUCUAAACUCUCGAGCAUGAUGGCAAAUUUUUGGUGGGGUUCUGAACCGAACCUGAGGAAGAUUCAUUGGAUCUCCUGGGAUAAGCUCUGCCUCCCAAAAGCUUUAGGUGGAAUGGGUUUCAAGGACCUAGAAUGUUUUAAUCAGGCUAUGUUAGCCAAACAGGCUUGGAAAAUUCUCAACAGACCUCAAUGUCUUCUUGCGAGGUUCUUAAAAAGCAUUUAUUUUGAUGGAGGAGAAUUUCUUUCAGCUCCACUUGGGGGUAGACCUUCCUUUGCUUGGAGAAGCCUGUUGUUUGGUAGGGAUCUUCUUCAAAAAGGCUUGCAACACAGAGUGGGUAAUGGGCAGUGUACACGAGUUUGGCUAGACAAAUGGGUGGAUGAUCCGGUUGUGGGCCUUAGUGCUCCAUGGAUUAAGAACAUCACUUUUGAUGCCAACUUAAGGGAAAAAUCCCUCAUUGAUUCUGAAUCGAGAAGAUGGAACCAGCAGAAGCUUGGAGAGUUAUUUAUGCAAAGUGAUGUGGAGAUCAUCACUCUAAAUCAACCUUUUAAAACAAAUUUUCCAGACUCCUUUGAGUUCCCUUCCUUAAAUGGCUUGAAAGAAAGGGUCUGGAAAGUGCAGAAGGUUCCUAAAAUCAGAGUCUUCAUCUGGAAAGCAAUGAGUAGUGCUCUUCCUGUUGCAGAAUUGAUCAAUGCCAGAGGAAUGAAUGUUGAUGUUAGGUGCCAAGCGUGUGGAGAGGAGCCGGAAUCAAUUAAUCACACUCUCUUUGGAUGCCAUGUAGUUAGACAGCAAGUAGAAAAGGACUGGGCUGUUACUGAGAAGGCAAGCAAGCCUUUGUUCCGCUCAAAGUGGGAACCGCCACCGUGCGGUUGGCUCAGGUGCAAUGUUGGGGUGGACUGGUGUAAAAGGGACGGUCUUGCUGGAGGUGGCUGGGUCUUGAGGAAUGAGAGAGGUGUGGUCAUCCUUCACAGUCGUAGAGCAUUUUCAGGUUUGCUUAAUAAAGUUGAGGCAAAUUUUGAAAUCCUAAAAUGGGCUGUGGAGAGAAUGAGAAGUCAUCAUAUCUCCAACGUGAUCUUCUCGGGGGAUCUUGAGGAUAUGUUUGGAGCAAUCACAGGACCGGAAGCAUGGCCAUCCUUCCUGUUCUAUGGUGGAGAAAUCUAG